AUGGCAGCCACCAUGGCCCUCUCUUCCCCUUCCUUCGCCGGGCAGGCGGUGAAGCUCGCCCCCGCCACCUCCGAGGUCCUCGGCGAGGGCAAAAUCACCAUGAGGAAGACGGCCGCCAAGCCGAAGCCCAUCUCCUCCGGCAGCCCCUGGUACGGGCCCGACCGCGUCAAGUACCUCGGCCCCUUCUCCGGCGAGGCUCCCUCCUACCUGACCGGCGAGUUCCCAGGCGACUACGGCUGGGACACAGCCGGCCUCUCCGCCGCCCCCGAGACCUUCGCCAAGAACCGGGAGCUGGAGGUCAUCCACUCCCGCUGGGCCAUGCUCGGCGCCCUCGGCUGCGUCUUCCCUGAGCUGCUCGCUCGCAACGGCGUCAAGUUCGGAGAGGCCGUCUGGUUCAAGGCCGGCUCUCAGAUCUUCAGCGAGGGCGGGCUCGACUACCUGGGAAACCCUAGCCUGGUGCAUGCUCAGAGCAUCCUCGCCAUCUGGGCCACGCAGGUUAUCCUCAUGGGCGCCGUCGAGGGCUACCGCAUUGCCGGCGGGCCGCUGGGGGAGGUCACCGACCCGCUCUACCCCGGCGGGAGCUUCGACCCGCUGGGCCUGGCCGACGACCCGGAAGCUUUCGCAGAGCUGAAGGUGAAGGAGAUCAAGAACGGGAGGCUCGCCAUGUUCUCCAUGUUCGGCUUCUUCGUGCAGGCCAUCGUCACGGGGAAGGGCCCUCUGGAGAACCUCGCCGACCACCUCGCCGACCCCGUCAACAACAACGCCUGGGCCUUCGCCACCAACUUUGCCCCGGGCAAGUGA